GAAGUGCGUUCUACCUCGGCGGCCUCGCUGACCGCGCGCGGGUGUAGCGUGGGCCUCACGUGGGUCUCCGGUCAUGGCCAGCUGGGUGUUCUGUAAUCUCUGUUUCCAGCCGCCGCAUAGGAAGUCGUCCUUCAGCCUCACCAGCUGCGGGCACGUGUACUGCGACUCUUGCCUCCGCAAAGGUAAAAAGGAUGAAUGCUUGAUCUGUCAAGUUCCGUGUCAUACAGUUUUACUUUCAAAACAUACUAACUCCAAUAUCCAAGCAUUCUUUCUGAGCAUAGAUGGUCUGUGUAAGAAGUAUUCCCAGGAAACCUCUCAGAUUUCAGAAUUUCAAGAAAAACACAGGAGGAGACUGGUGGCCUUCUAUCAAGAAAAGAUUUCUCAGUUGGAAGAGUCCCUCAGAAAGUCACUGCUACAAAUCAAGCAACUACAAAGUAUGAGGUCAUCACAUCAAGCAGCUUUCAACACAAUCAAAUCUUCUGUUUCAACAAAGCCAAAUGGAUACCUCUUGCUGCCACCCAACUCUUCACUUCCUGACAGAAUAGAAUCAAUGGAAAUUGACCUGACUCCUCAAGCAAGAAAGCCUGAGAUGGCAGCAGGCCCUUCAAGAAUCUCUCUGAUUAGUCCACCUCAGGAUGGACGCAUGGGCAGUGUCUCCUGCCGGGGACCCCAGCAUCUCAACUUAACACCCAGCCAUGCAAGCAUGAAGACGACCACGGCUAUCAGAGUCCCACCAUUGCAGAUGCCCUUCAAGGAACGAUCACCAGCUUCAGCAUCACAGCUGUCUAGCAGAGCAGCACAAGGGCCUUCUCCCAGCAUUAGUGGCUCAUGGACUGGACUACCCAGGCAGCCCAUCAGCAUUUCUGGCCUGCUGCAGAGGCAGUGUGCAGGGUCAGCAUCCCCUGGAGGGAUGGACACUGAGAAGAUGAACCCAUUCUUGCCCUCCACACCUGCAAAUCUACGCUCUACAGCCAGCCCUUGGCAUGUGUAUGUUCAUCGGUAAAUAUCAC